UUCCUUCAAACUCAUUUCCUGCAUCUUACAUCACUUUCCAAACCCUAAUUUCCCCCGGAAAUUUCAAAUUCCCAAUUCCUUCAAUGGCGCCAAAGGGAGAGAAGAAGCCCGCAGAGAAGAAACCCGCAGAGGAGAAGAAGUCCACAGUAGCCGAGAAAGCUCCAGCCGAGAAGAAGCCAAAGGCCGGAAAGAAGCUCCCAAAGGACGGUGGUGCUGCCGCGGGAGACAAGAAGAAGAAGAGAAACAAGAAGAGCGUGGAGACAUACAAGAUCUACAUCUUCAAAGUUCUGAAGCAAGUUCACCCUGACAUUGGUAUCUCAAGCAAGGCCAUGGGAAUCAUGAACAGUUUCAUCAACGAUAUCUUCGAGAAGCUUGCUGCUGAAUCCUCCAGACUUGCGAGGUACAACAAGAAGCCGACGAUUACUUCGAGGGAAAUUCAGACUGCAGUUAGGCUUGUUCUUCCUGGAGAGUUGGCCAAGCAUGCUGUUUCUGAAGGAACAAAGGCUGUCACCAAGUUUACAAGAGAGAAGAAGCCAGCGGAGAAGAAACCCGUAGAGGAGAAGAAGUCUACCGUAGCCGAGAAAACUCCGGCUGAGAAGAAGCCAAAGGCCGGAAAGAAGCUCCCCAAGGACGGUGGUGCUGCCGCCGGGGACAAGAAGAAGAAGAGAAACAAGAAGAGCGUAGAGACAUACAAGAUCUACAUCUUCAAAGUUCUGAAGCAAGUUCACCCAGACAUUGGUAUCUCAAGCAAGGCCAUGGGAAUCAUGAACAGUUUCAUCAACGACAUCUUCGAGAAGCUUGCUGCCGAAUCUUCCAGACUUGCAAGAUACAACAAGAAGCCGACGAUUACUUCAAGGGAAAUUCAGACCGCUGUUAGGCUUGUUCUUCCUGGAGAGUUGGCCAAGCAUGCCGUAUCUGAAGGAACAAAAGCUGUUACCAAGUUUACAAGUUCUUAAACUGUAUGAUUUCUGAAGCGGUUCUUAGUAAUGUUUAUCUCUUUGGGAUUAGAUCUGAAUUAGUGUGUAAUUUUCUUUUAAACAUCAAAUGAAUGUCUUGCAUAUGAAUUGAAUUAAA